CGGCAACUGACUGCAGCCAGUUGGAACUACCGCAGUCUAUCUUAACCGCCCGGUUACUAUAACAUUCACAAUUGCCCCCUCGGUUUAAAAUCUCCCGCACUCCGCCUCCAUUGCCAUAGCCCAGCGAGAGAGAGAGGGAGAGAGAUUGUCGAGGAGAAGAGGGGGAAUGCUUUGCUCUGUUCAUACAGGAAUUUCUGCUUAAGUUUCAGUGUACAUGGCAAGCAUCCAUUUCUAAACGACAAUGCGGUGUGAUUGCUCUACAUUCAUUUCAUAGAAUUAGCCACCCAAGUUUCUUAAUUAAUAUGGCUAUACUCUAAGAGUCGGACAUUCAAUUUUUCCUGAUAUUCAGGCGUGGUAGAAAGCAUUACUUUCAUUCAAGUUUCUUGGCUAUUUGUUUAUGAAGCUUCAUCAAGUUGAAUAUUAUAUGGUGUUGCUAACAGCAUGUACUCGAUCAUUGAUCAUUGCCUGAGCAUUCUAAAGCCCUUCAGAUUAUGGUAUUACUGAAAGCAUGCUAAAGAUGAUUUUAUAUUUCUUCCAAAAGAUUUGGACUAUUCAGCAGUCGUAGUUAGUGUUAGUGCUGCAAUGGGUGCCAAACAGAAUAAUGUGGGGAGACUAGACCGUUCUGCUAACUUUGACAAAGUAAAUAAACAUGGAAAUGAUGAAGAGUCAGAUUAUGAGCCAGCAAAAGAGUCUUUUUCAUCACACAGUAGCGAAUACUCCAGCAUGAUAAAAAAUAAUUCAAGAGCUCCAAAAAAAAUUAAUAAGAAAGAAUCAAGUGCAAGCUAUCUUCGCCCAUCAAAAAUUAGUAUUAGCCGCCAAGAUCAGAAGAGCCAAGAGCAGAAGAACCUGCAAUUGAAGUCAUCAAUCAAUGGGUUAAAGAAAUCUCAUAAAGUCAAUAAAGUUGCUCCUUCCCCAAUAAAUCUUGACAUUAAAACCUCAGCGAAUACUAUAGUUCCUCUAAAACCUUCAUUUGAAUCAGUUGUGGGAACAAAUGGUAAGAGCAUUGAAGAGGUCAAGGAGAUAGAUAUUUUUGAUGAGGCUCCAAUUUGUGAUCAAAGUGUUGGAACGGAUGAUUCAGUAGCAGAUGCAGAAGAGAAAAAUCUAGAUGAUGUCCACACAAGUUUCUGUCGAAAGGUUGAGGAGAUGGAACUCAGGAUUGAAAAACUUGAAGAGGAGCUCAGGGAAGUCGCUGCUCUUGAGAUUUCUCUUUAUUCUUUUGUACCAGAACAUGGAAGCUCAGCACAUAAGGUCCAUACCCCUGCCCGGCGUCUUGCUAGACUAUAUGUUCAUGCCUGGAAGCAUUGGAGUCAGGAUAAGUUGGCAACUGUUACCAAGAACACCAUUUCAGGACUUGCUCUUAUUGCCAAAUCAUGUGGUAAUGAUGUCCCAAGGUUGACUUUUUGGUUAUCAAACACAGUUGUAUUAAGAAAGAUUAUUUGCCAAACAUACGGCAGUUUACCCCAAUCAAGUGUGAUUAUGAGGCCUGUAGAAUUAAACUUCCAUUCUAUGAAGUCUGGAAGCGGGCUACAGAAGUUUAAAAACAUCUGUGAAGGUAAACAAGGAAAGAUGCUUGGAUUUGCCGAAGUAGAUGACUGGCACGAGGCCAGCACAUAUAUUGCUGCACUAGAGAAACUCGAGUCCUGGAUUUUCUCCAGAGCUGUUGAAUCAGUUUGGUGGCAGGCCUUGACUCCAUACAUGCAGUCCCCGGUUGAGGAUCUAUACAAACCUAAAAGCAUUGUCAAACUGUUCGGACCUUCUUUGGGUGAUCCUAAACAGCGAAAUUUUUCAGUGAACCUAUGGAGAAGUGCUUUUCAUGAUGCAUUUUCCAGGCUCUGCCCAGUUCUAGCAGGAGGACAUGAGUGUGGUUGCUUGCAGGUGUUGGCAAGAAAGGUUAUGGAGCAAUGUGUGUGCAGAUUAGAUGUUGCAAUGUUUAAUGCCAUUUUGAGGGAAUCAGCAAAUGAGAUACCCACUGAUCCUAUCUUAGAUCCUAUUGUUGAUUCAAAGGUACUUCCAAUACCAGCGGGAAAUUUGAGCUUUGGUUCUGGUGCUCAGCUUAAAAAUGCGACUGGGAGCUGGGCUAGAUGGUUGGAAGAGUUGUUGGGCAUGAAUUUUGACAAUUCUGGAAAAGAAAACGCUUAUAAAAAUGAUACUGGCUUUAAAUGCUUUCGUCUUUUGAAUGAGUUGAGCGACCUUCUUAUGCUUCCUAAAGAAAUGAUCCUUGAGAAGUCUAUCAGAAAUGAGGUGUGCCCCUCUAUUGGGUUGACUUUAAUAACACGGAUUUUGUGCAAUUUUACGCCUGAUGAGUUCUGUCCAGAGUCUGUGCCAAGCGCUAUACUGGAAGAGUUGAAUUCUGAGAGUCUCGUUGAGCGCAGGCUAUCAGAAACUGAGCAGAUGUACAUUUUGCCACGCACUUCAGCUCAAGUCGUGUACACUCCCAUAUCUCUUCCUGAUUUUGUUGAGGAAUUGGUAGAGGCAGAGAGCAAAUCACCAAAACUAAAGAGAAAUUCAUCAAUGGUAAUGAGAAGGGGUUACACUAGUGACGAGGACUUGGACGAUCUUGUUGAUCCCAUCGCCUCGUUUAUUGACCGAACUCCUCCGGUCUCGCCGGCAAUAGCAGGAGAAAGAUUAUUGCAUAAGCAGGUCUCAGUAUCGAACUUGAGGUACAGUCUCCUUCGCCAGGUGUGGUGCGAUUGAGCAUCUUUCAUUAUGGUGUUUGUAUGUUCAUAUUUAUAUACAUAUAUAUAUAUACAAGACAUGCAUUUCAUUCAGGCCAUUCUGUUCAGGUAAGAUUUCAUAAAAAAAGCAAGAAAUUUAAAUGAUAAGGAGACGUCUCUUUUCUUUCAAUUAAGAAGGAAUUUAUAAUCUUAUCAUGUAAUGUUUUGAGGACUGUAGACGAAUCCAUAAAACCAAAAUUUACUUGUACGUUUACUUUGCGAAGCAUUUAACAUUUAAAUUGUGCAGGCUGCAGGCUGCGGCUGCAGGGUUUAUGUUUGCCGCACAAUAUGUUUGUAAAUGAAAAUUAAAAUUUAAUUAUUUGACACUGCUACGUAGCAAAUAGGACGGCU